AUGCAUUUUCUGCUGCCAUUACUUUUUCUAUGCUUUUGGAAUUCGAUCGUUGGUGGAGCUAGAAGCGAAGCCGGCGAUUAUCCGUUUGCCGUCACGCUGCAGGUCUAUAACCAAGUCAAAAAAAAAUGGCUCACCGUCUGCGCCGGAUCGAUAAUCGAUCGCGAAUGGGUCCUCGGAGCUGCGAAUUGUUUCUACUUUGGAAGCCGUAGAACUCCCGCCGAUCAGUACCGAAUCGUAGCUGGGAGUACCAGAGUAACUUCGACAAGUACAGACGAUGGAAUUACGCAAGUCAUCCAAGUCGCCGACGUCGUCAUCCACCCGGAAAUGAAAGUUGAUGACAAACCGAAUGAUGAACUGCACCUCUUUAUCUACAACGAGCUUGCAUUAAUCAAGCAAACCCCUCAAAUUCGGGAAAACAGUCCAGAAGUUAUGAAAAAAAUGCAGGCGAAAUUGACCCACCUGGUCGUGUUGGGUGUUCUACUUCAGCCAGCCAGGAGCAUCGUCGGUGGCCAUGGUGUAUCCGUAGACUCGCAUAAUUACGCUGUAGCUAUCCGGACACGUCGUAAUAACCGGUGGCUCACAGUUUGCAGCGGGUCGAUCAUCGACGCAGAGUGGAUCUUGACGGCCGGCCACUGCAUCUCCAACAUUUUUUGGGAACGCGUGACG